AUGAAGUCGAAUUGUCGCGUGAGAGCUGCUUCGGCAGCAUUACUCUAUGCCGCAGGAGCAGUCGCCCAGGAUUCUUGCAGCAAUGUAUUAAAACCAUCAUAUUCAUCACCUGUAGUUGGCUCUGGCUGGAUCGCUCAACUGGUUGCUACUGGACUGACGGAUCCCCGCGGCAUUAUCUUUGACAGCAACGGAAGUUUGCUUGUUGUUCAAGAAAAAAACGGUAUUCAGCGGCUGACAUUUAACGACAACGGUACGACGUGCCUAAGCGUCAGAGACUCGACAACUAUAGUCAAGGAUUCUGAGCUUAACCAUGGCAUUGCAUUUUCGAAUGAUGGGCGAACCUUGUUUGCGUCUACUUCAGAGAACGUUUACGCAUGGGACUAUGAUAGCAGUUCUGGUACAAUCAGCGGGGAGCAACGUACGGUGGUGCAGAAUAUGGGUGGUACUGGCCAUGUCAGCCGGACUCUGCUCAUGACUUCAAACAACAAGCUCCUGGUUUCCAAGGGCAGUGGGGAGAACAUCGACGAGCGCGCGACAGAACAGUCCACUGGCGUCUCACAGAUUCGAGCUUUUGACAUGGAACGUCUACCCAGCACGCCAUACGACUACGCUUCCACCGGAACAAGGCUUGGCUGGGGUCUCCGGAACUCAGUUGGCAUUGCUGAAGAGCCCAAAACUGGGGGUAUCUUCAGUGUUGAGAACUCGGUAGACCAGAUCAAGAGAGACGGAACUGAUAUCCACCAAGACAAUCCGGGAGAGGAGAUGAACUUCCAUGGCUUCCUCAAUGGCUCGACCGAAAAUCAGGGCGGCAACUAUGGAUACCCCGACUGCUACGCCCUUUGGGAUACCAACAUACCCGAUGUGGGCCAAAUGGUGGUCGGCAGCCAGUUCCCGCAGAACCAGUCCGACUCCCUGAAUGACACAACUUGCAAUGAAGACAGAGUCUCUCCUCGCUUGACCUGGCAAGCUCACACGGCGCCACUGGAUAUCAAAUUCCACCCUGAUGGCUCGGAGGCCUACGUCUCGUUCCAUGGUAGCUGGAAUCGUGAGAACCCGACUGGCUACAUGCUCGCUAGCGUCGCCUUCUCCAACGGCCAGCCCGUCGAGAGCGCCACCUCGACCACGUCGCUGAGGAAUAUCCUCUCGAACCCGGACAAUAGCAAGUGCCCAGAUGAGUGUUUCCGACCGGUCGGUCUCGCCCUGGACUCGCAAAACCGCCUCUUCAUGAGCUCGGACACGACGGGCGAGAUAUACGUGCUGGCCAAGGCCGAGAUGUCUGCCACGGGAGGCUCGGACCCAUCAGCAAGCGGCACGCUGGUCUCGCCUUCGGCGACCGGGAGCGGGAAUGCUGGAGGCUACGGCGGCGCAUUGGCGGCGAGGCGAUACGCCGGCAAUGGCGGCGGAUGGGGGCUGGCUGUGACGUUGGUAGCUUGCUUGAUGACUGGUUUUGGUUUCUGGUUGGGCUUGCCAACAGCAUGA